GCAUUAUAUUCUUAAAAAAUUAACAUAUUUAUUACCUCUUCAUACCAAUGUUCAACAAUUGAAUGUGCCGGUCGUUUUGAAAUACUUAGUUUAAAAUGUUGCUAAAACACCGCAUUAUAUUAACAAAACUAAAUUAUAAAAGUAGAUUCCACAGAAAAUAUUUAUCAUCACAAUCUGAUGUCGGUGAAAUUGAAGUACCAUUUUCUAAUGGCACCACUUUAAAGCUAAAGACUGGUCAAUACGCGAGGUUCGCGGAUGGAGCGUGCGUUGCCACACUGGGCAACACCAGUGUGCUCUCAACAGUGGUGUCAAAAGCCAAGCAGAGCAAUGUUUCGUUCCUGCCUCUCGUAGUUGAUUAUAGGCAGAAAGCAGCAGCCGCUGGCAGGAUACCAACCAACUUUUUGAGGAAAGAACUAGGUCCGACAGAACGAGAAAUCCUCACAUCGCGUGUGAUCGACAGGUCACUCCGACCCCUAUUUCCGCAGAAUUACUUUUUCGACACACAGAUAGUAUGUAACAUGCUGGCGGUAGACAGUACUAACCCGCCGGAGACUGUCGCUAUCAAUGCUGCUAGCGCUGCAUUGGCGUUAUCUGAUGUGCCAUGGAAUGGACCGAUUGGGGCUGUAAGAAUAGGCCAAAUCGACAAUGAACUAAUCAUCAACCCCACUCGUCGAGAACUUGAACAGUCCACCCUCAACCUAGUCGUGAGUGCCGCAGCUUCCAACCUGGUGGUAAUGCUGGAAGGUCACGCAAAGGAUAUCCUGCAACAGGAUCUGCUGAAGGCCAUCAAAUUAGCUACGAAAGAAGCACAAAACAUAGUGCGAGGUAUCGAAAAAUUACAAAAAACGCACGGCAAGAUGAAACGUGAAUACGAAAUGCCGGAACCACUUGAUGAAAGCAUCGUGGAGACUAUUAAGACUUUGUCAACUAUGAAGAUUAGGGAGAUAUUGAGUGACUUCAACCACGACAAAACAUCACGUGACAACGCGAUAUCGGAACUACGUCAAACAGUGCUCAACCAACUAAGAGACACAGAAGCCGAUGUGGCCAAACUACAGGAUUGUUUCAAUCAGCACCUGCGGCAAACGUUCAGGGAUAUGAUCUUUGAUACUGAGGUUAGGUGCGAUGGGAGGGGACUCGAUGAUCUGAGGAAUAUUAGUUGUCAAGUAUCAUUAUACGAGCCAUUACAUGGCAGUGCGCUAUUCCAACGCGGACAAACCCAGGUGUUGUGCACUGUGGCUUUCGACUCGCCGGAGAGCGCUUUGAAAAUGGACCCUCUUACUAUGAUUACAAGCGGAAUAAAAGAAAAGAGUUUCUUCCUCCACUACGAGUUUCCAUCAUACGCGACGGGGGAAGUGGGGCGAACGGGGCCAGCGGGGAGACGCGAGAUGGGGCAUGGGGCACUCGCUGAACGCGGUUUGAUGCCCGUUGUGCCCCAACAUCCCUGUACUGUGCGACUCACUGCGGAGGUGCUGGAGUCUAAUGGCUCGUCGUCCAUGGCGUCAGUGUGCGGCGGGUCGCUGGCGCUGCUGGACGCGGGGCUGCCGCUCGCCGCGCCCGCCGCGGGCGUCGCCGUCGGGCUCGUGGCGCGGCACGACGAGCGCGGCCACGUGAGCGACUACCGGAUACUGUGCGACUUGUUAGGUAUAGAAGAUUACAUGGGUGACAUGGACUUCAAAGUGGCUGGAACGAAGAAAGGCAUCACAGCGCUGCAAGCUGAUAUCAAAAUAGCUGGUCUUCCACUCAAGGUCGUGAUGGAGUCGGUGCAAAAAGCCUGUGACUCUAAGAGCAAGAUCAUUGACAUUAUGAACCAGUGUAUUGAUAAACCGAGAGACGUCAACAAAGAUAACAUGCCAGUUAUUGAAGAAAUAGAAGUGGAAGUUCACAAACGCGCGAAAUUACUCGGAGUUGGCGGGAUCAAUCUCAAGAAACUAUAUGUGGAGACUGGUGUACAGAUAAGUCCGGUCGACGAGACGCGAUACAGCGUGUUCGCACCGACCCCGGCAGCUAUGGACGAAGCCCGUGCGCGGGUCGCCACGUGGCUCGCUGCUGAACGCACGCCGGAGCUUGAGUUUGGCGCUAUUUAUAGUGCUAAGGUGGUAGAAGUAAAAGACAUUGGUGUUUUGGUCACGCUAUAUAGCGGCAUGACGCCAGCGCUGGUCCACAAUACGCAGUUGGACCAUAGGAAGAUAAUGCACCCCUCAGUGUUAGGUCUGGACGUAGGUUCAGAGAUCCAAGUGAAGUACUUCGGCCGAGACCCUGUUUCUGGCCAAGUCAGACUUUCAAGAAAAGUACUCACCUCCCCCCCACCACCACUUGUAAGAAAACUGGAUAAAAGCUAACUAGAAGCUUGCAAGAAUUAAUAAAAUCAUAUGAAUCUAAUUGAAGUGAAACUUCUUCAUCGGGGUUGGAAAAAAAUUAAGUGUAACAUUUUUUCGUUACGCCUGACAUUUUAACGUUACACGCCAUCUU